CAGUUCAACUUAUGACUCAUGAACACUUAUGACACAUGAACAACAGUAUAUUGUCUAGGCAUGAACACGGGGUAUUCUAAUAUUGUCUAGGGUUCAACUCCUUGACAAUAUAAUAAUAUUGUUCAAAUAAUUUAAAUAUUUGAGGAAUGAAUAUACGGAAUAUACGGUGAAUAACAUUGAUAUUUUUUCACUUUUGACAGUUUGAUAGAUUAUUCAUACAGUAAGUUACUAGAAAAAGUGUAACAAUGAAUAAAAGGAGCGGUUCCAGCGACAGAAAGUCUGUUUUUAUGGAUCAGAUGAAGCAUGAAGAUUAUUUGAUAUUUGUAAAAAAGAGAAAGGAAUGUAAUGCUAAAGCCCAAAAAAUUGUAGAGAAGUUGCUAGAUACCACCACUGAAGAAAUGUUCCUGCAAGUUCUGAAAUAUCUUAAUCAAGCCUAUUUAGAAGAUGUGUUUGAAGAACGUUUUAUUUUGAAAAUUUGUGGGUACCCUUUAUGUGAUAAUCAGUUAGGUUCAAUUCCGAAGCAUAAAUUUAAGAUAUCAACAUCUGUAAAUAAAGUAUAUGACAUUACUGAACGUAAGAAAUUCUGUAGCCCACAAUGUUUUACUGCUGCAAAAUAUAUUAGAGAACAGUUGCCCAGUAGUCCAUUAUGGGUAUUGGAAAAUGAAGAGAAACGAUGUUAUAAAUUAUGGAAUCAUACUAAAAGUUUUUCUUCUCUUGGUGAUGAAAUUCAAUUAAAAUAUGAUAAUAUAAAUGAAAAUGGGAUUGAUAAUCAUCGAUCUAAUAAAGACACUAAAAACACACAAUUCACAUCAAUAACUAAUAUAAAACAUGAAUGUAAUACAAUACUAAAUUUACAAAAAGCUGCUGCAGAUGAUACAAGUGUCCAAACAGAGGUUGUAGAAAGUAUCAAUAUAAAUGAAUCAGAGACACAUAACUUAAAUACAACAAAGCUAACUAAUAGUAAUUCUUUGCCAUUAACUUCUUUUGAUAAAAUAUCUGGAAGCAAGUCUCGAAACAUAAUUAGACAAAAGAGCUACACAGAAGAAAUUGAUAAAAACACUGUACAUAAAAUGACAGAUAUAAAUGUUAAACAACAAAAAACUUUGAAAAAUAUAGUUGAUACAAAGACCAUUCCAAAAGUUUCAAUUUUAAAAAUCAUUUCUAAUACCCUUUGUUCAUGGAUAACUGUUGAUACAUUAAUAUAUAUACUUGGAGAAGAUCGAGUUAAAGAAUAUUGUAAAGAAAAUAGUCAUCAAUUUAAAAGCAGUAUAGAUUUAAAGUUGACGCCCAAGCAGUUGGAACAAUAUGCCAAGUUAUGUAAAAAAUUGGAUUUAAUGGAAAUACAGGAAGAUCUUUCUUUAAUAACUAAAAGUGAAAAUCUUAAACCACUACCGGAUUAUGAGUAUUUAAAACAGGAAAAUCAUAAGCUUAUGAUUAAAGUUCGUGCAUUUUAUGGAGGGAAAACAGAAAUAUCAGUGGAUGAAUUAAGUACUGAUGACACCACUAUUGCAUCUUCAAGGGAUAGAGUUGAAACAGUAUUUUUACCUUUGAAUGAUCAAUAUGACCAGAUUGUUAAAAGAAGAGGAAUUGUAUUAUCCUACCUGGAUCCUAUAUUAGCCAAAUUAUUAUUAGAAUACAACAUAAAUGAAAACAUAUCUUUCGAAUUGCAACAGCUGAUCAACACAUUUGAAUUAGAUGCCACGAACAUUACAUUUAAGCCUGCCAUGCAGAAACUUUUGGCACUUUUUAUACUAGGAUUGAUGUCUCUACAAUACAAUCUAAAAGAAAAAUUGAACAAUAUACUUUCGUCAAAGUUAUUUGCACAAAUAUUAAAUGCAUAUAAUGUCCAUGUUAAUGAGUUUAUUAAUAUAAUAAAUGAUGUGACUGAUAUAGAAAAAGUAAUAAGCGCAAGGAAAAUAUGAAAAGAUUCUACAACAGUCACACUUCAUAUG